AUAUAUAGCCUUUACCCAAUAUUUUCUCUCUCUCUCUCUCCUCUCUCUCUAUAUAUAUCUGCUUGCUAGAGAGAGAGAGAGAAGCCAAGAAGAGGAGGCAUGAGUUCAUAUUUGAGGCAGAAGUUGAAUUCAUUCCAGAUUGGAACAUCACUCUCCUCCUCAGAGUCAGAUGAUGCUAAACAACAAGUUCCCAUCGAAGAGAUCGAGCUCUCUAAGAUUCAACUUAUGAAGCCCCUUCUUCAAUCACAGGACCCCUCUGCAAAGGACGUGGAUGAUUUGAUGAUGCGUAGAUUUCUUCGAGCUCGAGAUCUUGAUGUUGAAAAGGCGUCGGCCAUGUUAUUGAAGUAUUUGAAAUGGAAGAAAGAAUUUGUUCCGAAUGGUGUCAUUUCACCAUCUGAGAUUCCUAACGAUCUUGCACACAAUAAGCUGUUUAUGCAGGGAUAUGAUAAGACCGGGCGCCCUAUAGUACUUGUCUUUGCUGAACGCCAUAAGCCCACAACUGUCGAUGAGUUUAAACGUUUUGUAACUUUCACACUUGAUAAAAUUUGCGCUAGAAUGCCCAGUGGACACGAGAAGUUCACUGCGAUUGCAGACCUACAAGGAUGGGGUUAUGUUAACAGUGAUAUUCGAGGAUAUCUUGCUGCUCUAUCAAUCAUGCAAGAUUGCUACCCAGAAAGGCUGGGGAAAUUGUUCAUUGUGCAUGUUCCUUACAUAUUCAUGACUGCAUGGAAGAUGGUUUAUCCUUUUAUAGACAAAAACACUAAGAAAAAGAUUGUUUUCGUGGACGACAAAAAAUUGCAAUCCGCGUUGCUCGAAGAUAUCGACGAGACCCAACUACCCGAUACCUUUGGAGGAAAAAUGAAGCUUGUUCCUAUUCAAGAGUGCUAAUAAAUUAAUUACCUUGGAUUCAAAUUUACGAAGCCCUGCAACUGUAUCAAAACAUGUAUCUAUAUAGGGAGAUUUCAGCAGAGUUCUCUCAAUCUAAUAUAUAUUUCUUUACUGAAUGAGUUACUAUCCUUGAAAUGUAACCGACUUUAUUU